GAGAAAAGACGAAUGAAAUAGAGGUAGAGAGAGGUGUUAAGCCAUCCAUCUCUUGAUUCUCUUGUUCCUUGCGAGCUCUGUCGCAGACUUCAAUUCGUAGGGAACACUGACAAGUUGAGAGAUGCCUCGUGAUUUGGCACGGUCACGAUCACGAUCGCCGUCUCGUCGGAGAUCAUCUCCGGUGGGGCAUCGGUAUAGCAAGAGAAGCCGAAGGGACCGAAGCCGAAGCCGCUCUCUCUAUUCCUCCUCAUAUUCUUAUAGCAGACGUAAAAGUCGUUCCCCAACUCCAAGGCGUCGUAAAAGUCGCUCCCCAACUCCAAGACGUCGUAAAAGUCGCUCUCCAACUCUGAGACGUCGUAAAAGUCGCUCUCCAACUCCAAAACGUCAUAGAAGUCGAUCUCCGAUUUCAAAACGUUAUAAGAGGCAAAGAAGUAGAAGCUCUUCAGUGUCUCCUAUUCCCAAAUCUCCUACUUCAAGUCUUGGAUUAUUGGAGCAGAAAAAUGCAAGUGAAAAAUUAAGACAGGAAGAGGAAGAAGAGAAAAAAAGGCGGCAACAUGAAGCAGAAUUGAAGCUCAUAGAAGAAGAGACAUCAAAAAGAGUGGAAGAAGCAAUUCAGCAGAAAGUUGAGGAGAGCUUGAAUUCUGAGGAGAUUAAAGUAGAAAUACAGACCCGGAUGGAGGAAGGACGAAAGAAGCUUCUAAAUGAAGUUGCAGCUCAACUUGAGAAGGAAAAGGAAGCAGCUAUUAUUGAGGCUAGACAGAAGGAGUUUUUUGGUUUACAGGAACAAGCUCAGAAAGAGAAAGAAGAGCUAGAAUCGAUGCUUGAAGAGAACCGGAGAAGGGUAGAAGAAGCUCAAAGAAAAGAAGCUUUGGAACAGCAGAGGAGGGAGGAAGAGCGGUACAGAGAGCUAGAAGAGCUCCAGAGACAAAAAGAAGAGGCAAUGCGAAGGAAGAAACAAGAAGAGGAGGAACAACGGUCUAACCAAAUGAAGCUGUUGGGUAAGAACAAAUCUCGACCAAAAUUGUCAUUUGCACUUGGAUCCAAGUAGACAAGUAUUAAACUAAUGUCCUUAGAGCUGAUUGCAUUUGUGUACUAUUAUUCUGUGAACCAUUUGAUCAAAACAAUUUUUGGUUUUAUAAAUGAAUCAGUUCCC